AUGUGUCUAUGCCUCUCCCNNAGCGCGCGCAAGAAGCCCGGCACCCACCAUGUACCCACUGGCACCCCAGACGACAUGCAAAAUCGCAUUGACAGACUCGAAAGUCUGGUCCUGUCGCUCAUGACCAACGGCACCCAGGCUGCUGGUCCAUCCGCUGCACACGCUGCCAUCAACUCGAGCAGGAGCAACAGUCUUGGUACAUCGAUCAGCAUGCCCUUGGAUCCCCACAGAGACAGCAUCAGAGAAGUUGAAGGAGAAGACAGCGAUAUCAACGAUGUCGCUCAAGAUAUUGGUAUCAUGAAGAUUGAUGGCGCCAAAGCCUUCUUUGUGCCUGACGCGCAUUGGUAUGCCAUCCUGUCGGACAUUGCUGAAGUCAAGAACUACUUUGCCAGCCACAAAGAGCAAUAUCAAGAACAAUUCAGGAAGGUCGAAGCUUCGAAACAGGACGAUGCCUCGGGCUCGUUCCUGUUCAAGGGCCCUAGGCUGAACAACAAAACUGAAAUUCUCGUUACAAUGCCCGACAAGAAUGCUGUCGAUGAUUUAGUUAAGCGCUACUUCCAAUCAUAUGAUCCAGCCGUCCAUAUCAUUCAUGGCCCGACGUUCCAGGGACAAUACGACAGACACUGGCAGAACCCUAACGAGACGCCCGUCACCUUCCUUGCAUUGCUGUAUGGUAUGAUGACCCUCGCGUUGCAAUCAUAUACUAGAGCAGGCGAUGAGCCACCAGAGUAUCAGGGUAGAUCGCAUGAUCUGUCCGUCUCCUUCAAACGACUCACAGCGCAAUGCAUUGUGCUUGCAGAUAUUACUCAGCCGAUGCCACAGUUGGUCGAAGCCCUAAUUCUGCACAUUCAGGCCGAGCACAGCAGCAGCAACGAUGCCGAAACUGGCAUUCUCUUGCUUGUCAAUUUGUGCACCCGCCUGGCAAUGCGUAUGGGUUACCAUAGAGAUUCUGGCCCAUACCCCAAUGUUUCACCAUUUACUGCCGAGAUGAGAAGACGGGUUUGGGCCUUUGUUCGCCAGGCCGAUUUACUCUUCUCUUGCCAGUUUGGUCUUCCUCCUACCGUUCGUUCCGACGCCACUGAUUCUGAGCUUCCGCACAACAUCUUCGAUGAUGAGUUUACAGAGGACAUGAAGAUGUUACCUCCUUCUCGACCAGAAUCCGAGGUCACUCCGGCAUCAUACAUGAUCGCCAAGGCUCGGUUGAUAUCAUGUUUUGGCCAGAUUGUCGAGCGCAUUCAAUCAGUGACAUCGCCUCCAACCUAUGAGGAGAUCAUGAAACUGGAUGCUCAGCUUCGCGAGGCCCGUACACAGAUUCCUCCUCAUCUCCAGAUGAAGCCUCCUUCGGAGCUGGCUACGGUUGCACCUAACCUUAUCAUGCAGACAUAUGCCUUGGAGUUGAUCUAUCUCAAGUCGCAAUGCAUGCUGCACCGCAAGUUCAUCGCGAGGGGACGUGACUCGCCGCGUUACGCAUACUCCAGACGCACUUGCAUUGAUGCCUCGAUGGAGAUGCUCAACCAUCAAGCUACCCUGUAUUUGGAGUCACGAGAUGGAGGCAAGCUGCGUUCGGUGAAGUGGUCCAUCUCCUCGCUCACGACCCACGACUUCUUGCUUGCAGCCAUGAUCGUGUGUCUCGACCUUUACCACACCUCGGAGUCCGACCGAAACGUGAUCAAGACCUCUUCAUCCAACCCGUCAUCUCCGUUGAGUGGAGAUGUGUGGACGCAAGACCGACGAGAACAGAUGAUCAUUGCGCUCCAGCACUGCGCUUCGAUCUGGGAGAGUUUGCGAGACAAGAGCAUGGAAGCUUACAAAGCAUCCACACAGCUUCGUGUCAUGCUGGGUAAACUGAAAGCACAGGAACAGCAACAGACAUCAAUGGUUGGUGGCAGGGAGCAGCAAAUGCGUGGCACCAACCAAUAUGGCAUGCGUGGCCAUUCCUUUGGUGGCUUCCCCAACGGCCAAGUGUCUGAUCUCGUUGAAGACGAGGUCCCACCUGAGCACUCUGCUGCGAUGACCUUGGGCUUACUGUCUUCCGGAGGCGUCAGUCCUAAUGCUGGAUUCGCCUCGAAUGCUCCCAACUCACUCGGCAUGGAAACGCGUGGAUUCCCAGCUAGUAUGGCCGGGUUGCUCAACGAACCUAUGGCUGAGCGUACAGGAUUGACACCACAGUACAGUGGUGUAGAUGUCAAUGGCGCGCAAGCUGUCCAAGGGNCUGCAUCUCCUUUCACACAGCUCUUUGGUGGCGCUGCACCAGAAGUAGACUGGAUGUGGUCGAUGAACCUUGAAGUCAACCCGUUGGACGGCCAACAAGCUCAACAACAGCAAGCGCAACAACAGGCACAACAGCAGUUGGCUCAACAGGCGCAGCAAGCGAGCAUGAACAACAUGUUUAUGGGCCCAGCGGGCGCAGCCAACAUGAUGUGA